AAGAAGCCCAAGAAGGAGGUCAAGGACCCGAACAAGCCCAAGCGUGGACUUUCCCCCUACAUGUUCUUCGUCCAGGACUACCGUGAGCGGAUCAAGGGCGAGAACCCCGACGCCACCUUUGGUCAACUCGGCAAGCUCCUCGGCGCCAAGUGGAAGGAGUUGAGCCCCAGCGAGAAGAAGCCUUACGAGGCCCAGGCGGAGAAGGACAAGAUCCGCGCCACCAAGGAACUCGGCGAGUACGAU